AUGAGAGCUCUUCAAUCGAGAUUCUUCUUCUUCCUCUUCUUCUCGAUCUCUGUAUAUUGCUUCUGUAUCCCCGUUGGUGGCGCGAAACUGAAUCGGUUUAAUAGUGAAGUUGACGAGAUUCAUCGAAGAAUUCUUCAUCAGCCGCUUUUUCCAGAUACUUCUACUCCACCACCCGAUUUCGAGUCGACACUCUCUCCUCCUAUACCUCCGGACUCUCCCGAUCAGCCAUUUUUCCCGGAGAAUCCGACUACGCCUGACCAGAGUCAGUAUCCUCCUCCGCCUCCUCCUACUAUCGCCUCCGACAAUGGCGGAUUACCGAUACCGACGGCUACUACUCAACCGACGAAACAUGGGAAAAAAGCUGCGAUCGUCAUUUCUGUUGGAAUUGUCACGCUAGGUAUGUUUUCUGCUCUAGCUUUCUUCCUGUAUCGGCAUAAAACAAAGCACGCGAGCGAGACUCAGAAACUCGUUAGUGGAGGAGGAGGCGAUGGCGGUUCACGGAGAUUCCAGGAAGAUCCGAGACCACCGACGUCGUCUACAUUUCUCUACAUGGGAACUGUUGAACCGAGCCGUGACUCAGUGAGCGAGCCUAAUGGCACGAGUAGUGUACCGGUCAAUUCGUCUCCGUACCGGAAAUUGAAUUCGGCUAAGAGAUCGGAUCGCUAUCGGCCUAGCCCGGAGCUUCAACCGCUUCCGCCGUUAGCUAAGCCCCAACCGUCUGACAACUCCCCGUCGGCGUUAUCUCCUUCUUCAUCAUCUACCGACGGGGAAUGCCGUGACACAGAGUUUUACACGCCGCAUGGAUCUGCGAUUAGCAGCGAUGACGGCUACUACACGUUAUUUAAUCGGUCCGGCAACAGCAACGGAUCAAUUCCUCACUCGAAGAGGACAUCUCCGAGGUCCAAGUUUAGUUCAUCAGCGACGGCUGGAACGGCGGCAUCUAGGUCGCCGGAGAUGAAGCACGUAAUCAUCCCGUCGAUAAAGCAGAAAACGCCGCCAGUCCAACCUCCACCUCUAAGGGGCUUGGAAAGUGAUGAACAAGUUCUUCCGUAUUCACAGAACAAGCCUAAGUUCUCGCAGCCACCUCCGCCUCCGAACAGAGCCGCGUUUCAGGCGAUAACGCAGGAUAAGUCUCCUCGCAGCUCACGAGUUUCUCCACGGCGGUCUCCUCCUCCACUCCAUACGCCACCUCCACCACUCCAUACGCCACCUCCACCACCUCCUCCACCUCCUCUGAUACGGGCGAGAGAUUACCAAUACCAGAUACCACGAAAACUCGGCAUUUCCGAAGCAACCAAUCCGAUAAAGUCAGAGGAUCCUUCAAGAAAAGAAACAUUCAAGACUCCAAGUCCUCAAUCGAAAGCUGUUGAACAGGUCAAGAGUGAAGCAGCCGGCUCUGUUGAGAAAACAGGAGACGGGGACACGGAUCCAAGCAAGCCAAAGUUAAAGCCACUCCACUGGGACAAAGUACGCGCGAGCUCCGAUCGAGCCACCGUUUGGGACCAGCUCAAAUCAAGCUCAUUCCAAUUAAACGAGGAUAGGAUGGAGCAUCUGUUUGGUUGCAAUUCGGGAAGUUCAGCUCCAAAAGAACCUGUGAGAAGGUCAUUGAUUCCUCCAGCUGAGAAUGAGAACAGAGUGCUUGAUCCAAAGAAAUCGCAGAACAUCGCAAUCCUCUUACGAGCACUGAAUGUUACACGUGAAGAGGUGUCAGAGGCUCUUUUAGAUGGUAAUCCGGAGAGCUUAGGUGCAGAGCUUCUAGAGACAUUGGUGAAGAUGGCUCCAACAAAGGAAGAAGAGAUAAAACUCCGAGAGUACUCUGGUGAUGUGUCGAAACUAGGAACAGCUGAAAGAUUCCUCAAAACCAUUCUCGAUAUCCCUUUCGCUUUCAGAAGAGUAGAAGCAAUGUUGUAUAGAGCCAACUUUGAUGCUGAAGUCAAGUAUCUAAGGAACUCUUUUCAAACGCUAGAGGAAGCGAGCUUAGAACUAAAGGCAAGCAGGCUAUUCCUAAAACUCCUUGAGGCUGUUCUAAUGACGGGUAAUCGAAUGAACGUUGGCACUAAUCGCGGUGAUGCGAAAGCCUUCAAGCUCGAUACACUUUUAAAGCUCGUAGACAUAAAAGGAGUCGAUGGCAAAACCACACUGCUUCACUUUGUCGUCCAAGAACUCACAAGAUCCGAGGUCACAACAACAACAACCGACGAAACCAUCCUCCCUGGAAACAAAGACGGUUUCAGAAAGCAAGGGCUACAAGUGGUUUCCGGACUCAGUAGAGAUCUUGCCAACGUGAAGAAAUCAGCAGGAAUGGAUUCCGAUGUCCUCAGUGGUUACGUUAAGAAGCUCGAAACGGGUCUUGACAAACUCCGAUCGUUUCUCAAGACAGAGACAACAACAGCUGCAGCGAGUCAAGGGAAGUUCUUUGAUUCGAUGAAAACGUUUCUCAAAGAAGCAGAAGAAGAGAUCCGGAAGAUCAAAGGAGGAGAAAGAAAGGCUUUGUUGAUGGUUAAAGAAGUAACAGAGUAUUUCCAUGGAGACGCUGCGAAAGAAGGAGCGCAUCCUCUAAGGAUCUUCAUGGUCGUGAGAGAUUUUCUCGGAGUUCUCGAUAACGUCUGUAAAGAAGUGAAGACGAUCCAGGAAAUGUCGACAACGAUGGGUUCGGCUUCAGCAAGAUCGUUCAGGAUUUCAUCUACAGCCUCGCUACCGGUUCUUCAUAGGUUUAAUAAAGGAAGACAAGAUGACACAAGCUCAGAUGAUGAACAAAGCAGCAACUCUUCCACGUGA